CUUCAGAUACUUAAAAAUAUUAGAGAAUCUCAAAUUAGACAAUAUUCAAUUAAACCUAUAAAUCAAAAUUUAAUUAAACGUGCAAAUCAAUAUUCUGAGUCAACACUGAAUAGAUGUACAAAAAAUAUUGCAGCUAUGUUUAAGGAUGAAUUUAUUCAAAGUUCUAUAAUUAAAUACCAUAAUCAAGAUUCUAUAUCAUUAAAGUUAUUCAAAUAUACUGUUGAUAAUCAAACUUAUUAUUUUAGUUUUGGAAAUAACUUAACCCAAAAGAUAACUAAAGACAUUCUAAUUCAACUUGUUGAUAUAGAUAAAGCAAUAAAUAAUUUAGAAAUUAUUGAAUCUGACAAUGCUGAUGACGAUAAUAUAGAUUUUAAUAAAGUUCUAAAUUCAAUAAGUACUGGUAGACAAUAUGACU